AUGAUGGAUUGGGGGUGUUUGAAGUCAUGGUUCGAACACAUUUGGUAUAAAGUGGCUUCAAUCUUCCUUUUCCAAAAGGAACUUAGUAUAGCUGUAAUUGGAUUACAAAAUUCCGGUAAGACGACGUUUGUUCAGUUGCUUAGCGGGAAACCAUUUCAAGUCGACACUGUCCCCACAUUGGGCAUUCAAUCAGAGAAGUUUACGCUAGGUAAUAACUCGGUCAAUGUUUAUGACUUAGCAGGCCAAACGAGAUUCCAACCAUUGUGGGAAAGAUGCUUUGACAAAGUGGAUUUGAUAGUAUACAUGAUAGAUUUAAGCGAUCUACACUCUCUGGAGGAAUCAUUUACCAAAUUAACUAAAGUAAUUCAAAUGACCAACGAUGAUAGGAUUCCUCUACUUAUAAUGGGCAAUAAGACUGAUGCAAUUCCUGAUGCAAUUGCGAACCAAAAUUAUUCGACAAGAUGCUUACCGGAAACUUUACUUACAGACUACAACUACGAUACCAUUGAAUGCUGUAAGUUGGAACCUUCAAAUCUACACCAGUUGAAAAGCGUAGAGUCUCUAUCUAAACAACUAGGUAUCGAUCUGCGAAAUCGCUUACUACAUGUACCGUUUGGGAGUGCUACAGAACCACUACCGUUAGACAGAGAUAUUGCCAUUUUCACAGUAAGCUGUAAGACGGGUGGAUUCAUCAAAGAUGUGAUGGACUGGAUCGUCCAACUCUAA